UAUCGCAUCUUGGCUUACAAAAAACGCCGAUUCCGUACAUUUUCUUAUCAUCUAUUGUUCCUCGGCUCAAAGUUUUUGUUUCAGUCUCUCUACUGGACUUUUGCUAAACGACAUCGUUCUUUGUUAUCCUCCGAUCUCCAUCAAUGGCGAAAGAACCAGUUCGUGUACUCGUUACUGGAGCUGCAGGACAAAUUGGGUAUGCACUUGUACCCAUGAUCGCUAGGGGAAUCAUGUUGGGUGCUGACCAGCCUGUGAUCCUUCACAUGCUCGAUAUCCCACCUGCAGCAGAGGCUUUAAAUGGUGUCAAAAUGGAGUUGGUGGAUGCUGCAUUUCCUCUUCUAAAAGGAGUUGUUGCUACAACCGAUGUUGUUGAGGCAUGCACUGGAGUCAAUGUUGCUGUCAUGGUUGGUGGUUUCCCAAGGAAGGAAGGAAUGGAAAGGAAAGAUGUGAUGUCGAAGAAUGUCUCUAUUUACAAGUCUCAGGCGUCUGCCUUGGAACUGCAUGCAGCUCCAAACUGCAAGGUUCUUGUUGUUGCUAACCCUGCCAACACCAACGCCUUAAUCCUGAAGGAAUUUGCACCUUCAAUUCCUGCAAAGAACAUUACCUGUUUGACAAGGUUGGAUCAUAACAGGGCAUUAGGUCAAAUCUCGGAGAGACUAAAUGUCCAAGUUUCUGUUGUUAAGAAUGUGAUUAUUUGGGGUAAUCAUUCAUCAACUCAAUAUCCUGAUGUCCAUCAUGCAACUGUUGGAGACAAGCCUGUUCGUGAGCUUGUUAAGGAUGAUGAAUGGUUGAAUGGAGAAUUCAUCACCACCGUCCAGCAGCGUGGUGCUGCAAUCAUCAAGGCUAGGAAACUCUCAAGUGCACUAUCUGCUGCUAGUGCUGCUUGUGAUCACAUACGUGAUUGGGUCCUUGGAACUCCUGAGGGCACAUUUGUUUCUAUGGGGGUCUGCUCUGAUGGAUCAUACAAUGUACCAGCUGGGGUCAUUUAUUCCUUCCCUGUUACUUGUAAGAAUGGAGAAUGGACAAUUGUCCAAGGGCUGGCUAUUGAUGAAUUCUCGAGGAAGAAGUUGGACUUGACCGGAGCAGAGCUCGUUGAGGAGAAGGAAUUGGCAUACUCGUGCCUCUCAUGAAUGCAUUGGUCAUUUCUAGAAUGUGUUUGAAAGAGGAGUGUCUAGCUGCAGUUUUGAAUAAAAAGCAAUUCUAUAUGAACUGUUAAUGAUCGGUAAGUUACAUCCCCGGGUUGAUCUUCGUCGUGCAUGUUACUUGAUAAUGGAUAUUUUGGAUCUUAUAUUUGGUAAUCCCGGAUUUUAGCUUCGAUUUAAAUGGGAUAAGCAGUUUAUGUUACUGCGAAUACCUGGAGUUUUGUGUUUGUAUUUA